GGGGCGACGCCACUUCCGGCGCGGGGCGCCAUGGCGAUCUUCAGCGUCUACGUGGUGAACAAGGCGGGCGGCCUGAUUUACCAACUCGACCACUACGCGCCUCGCGCCGACACCGAGAAGACUUUUAGCUUCCCGCUCGACCUCGUCCUGCGCCCGCACGACGAGCGCGUCGUCGUCGUCUUUGGGCAGCGCGACGGCAUCCGCGUGGGCCACGUCGUACUGGCCAUCAAUGGUGCGGAGGUGAACGGGCGCUUCACGGCGGACGGGAAAGACGUACUGGAGUUUUUGGGCAACCCUGCCAACUACCCAGUGUCCAUCCGCUUUGGCCGCCAUCGUCUCUCCUCCAACGAGAAGCUCAUGCUGGCCUCCAUGUUCCACUCGCUCUUCGCCAUCGGGUCGCAGCUGUCUCCUGAGGUCGGGAGCUCUGGGAUUGAGAUGCUGGAGACAGACACCUUCAAGCUACACUGCUUCCAGACGCUGACAGGGAUCAAAUUUGUGGUUCUUGCUGACCCCAGGCAGGCAGGGAUAGACUCCCUUCUCCGCAAGAUCUACGAGAUUUACUCUGACUUUGCUCUGAAGAAUCCCUUUUACUCCCUGGAGAUGCCAAUCAGAUGUGAGUUGUUUGACCAGAACCUGAAGCUGGCUCUGGAGGUUGCAGAGAAGGCUGGACCCUUCGGACCAGGAUCAUAAGGGAAGCUGCGCUUGCUGCACCAACUCCUUUCUCUGGAGAGCAGGGCCUGCCCCAGAGCUCGCCCCCCCCCCAGCAGAGACCGAGUAUUCCUAAAAGGCACUUUGUUAUCCCCCCCUAAGAUUCCCUCUUAUCCCUGCUGUUGUGAAAUUUACGUUAAGCAGGCUCAUUACUACUGUUUACACUAGGCCCCACAGAGGCUUGUUCUGUGCUGGUGGCUCCACUGCCCUCUGGGGAAGAGAGAGUGACGAGGGUUGGGCUAGUUGUUUCUUUCUCAACUGUACAUAUGUAUUUGUCCUGUAUAGCUGUAACAGAGGGUUUCUGUGCAGAAUAAACAUUCCUUCAGGA